AGCAAGUUUCGAAAACUGUCAAAAUGAAAAUGAAAUAUUUCGCACUUUUGCUACAAUUCAUUACCAUUUUAUCAGAGCUCAAAUUUUUGGAAGCGCUAUAUAGUGACUAUAAAAAAGUAAUCCAGCUUACACCAAACAAUUUUGAAAAGUUGGUUCUUAAAAGCGACGAAGUGUGGGUGGUCGAGUUUUAUGCACCAUGGUGCGGAUACUGCCAAGACCUUGUACCAGAAUAUUCCAAAACUGCUAACGUUUUAAACGGAAUUGCUAAAGUUGGAGCUGUGGAUGCAGAUAAACAUAAAGAGUUAGCUGUAAAAUACACAAUUCGAGGAUUCCCAACUCUUAAAAUUUUUGGUGCUGACAAAUUAAAACCUGAGGAAUAUAAUGGAGGUAAAACUGCUAAAGAAAUAGCGAAAGCUGUGUUAAAAUCAAUUAAAGAAAAAAUUACGAAUUUACUCGAAGGAAAGAAACAACAAAUAACUUUGAAAUUAGAUAAAGAACACGUAAUGACAUUAACUGAUAAAAACUUUAAUGAUCUUGUUAAGUAUUCAGAUGAUGCUUGGAUGGUAUUAUUUUUUGCUCCUUGGUGUGGACAUUGCCAAAAUCUCGAACCACAUUGGAAUGAUGCAGCUAGACAGUUAAGUGGCAAAGUAAAAUUUGGUGCUUAUGACUGCACAGUUUAUAGCACCAGAUCUAAAGAAUACAAAAUUCAAGGCUAUCCAACAGUAAAACUUUUCAUUCCUAAAGUCAGUCCAAUAGACUACGAUGGUGGCCGCAAUGUGGCAGAUAUCGUCUUAUGGGUAUCGCAGAAAAUUGAAGCAUAUUUACCACCCCCAGAAUUAUUACAAAUUAUAAGUAAAAGUAUAGUUAUUCAUGAAUGUGAAGAAAAGAAAUUUGCUAUUGUGACUUUUCUCCCGGAUAUCUUAGAUUGUCAGUCGUCAUGUCGUAAUUCAUACCUUGACAUUAUUAAAAGUUUAUCAGUACGACUCAAAAUAAAUAAAUGGUGUUGGUUAUGGUCUGAGGCUAAUGCUCAGCCCGAAAUUGAGCAAGUCUUACAAAUUGGUGGUUCUGGAUAUCCAACUUUAGUUGCAGUCGAUUACAACAACAAGAGCUUUGCAACGUUUGUCGGCGCCUUCACUCAAGACAAUCUGUAUGAUUUUUUGUCUAAUAUUGAUGGUGAAAAUGGACACAAAACUCCAAUUCCGACUAAAAUGUUUCCUGAAGUUUUUGUCGUUGAUCCUUGGGAUGGCAACGAUAAAGAUGUUUCCGUUGCUAACGAAAAGAUUGAACUGUAGUGUUUAUGUUGCCGUUAUUCCAUGUUUAGUUUAAUCAUUGUUUUAUCUAUUUAUGUAAACAAUUAUAAAAAUAAAUAUUCUAUAAAAUACAAA